AUGGUUGGCUGCUGCGAUGACAACGAUCCAAGUUUAUGUAUCUACGAAACAACAUGCUACGAUGCCGACGCCGUAUCUGCUACUCCUAAUCUAACCAACGACCCAGAUUGGUGGUUCGCAGCGUAUUGCACGGAUGCUACAUAUUCAGCCUGCCAAACUUGGAUAUACCCCGAGUUGUCCAUUACCGAUUAUGGAUGUGCCGAGACCGCGACGAUCGAAACUCUUUAUUUAGAGGCGACUUCUACCCUCGAUCCUACCUAUAGCAGCUACUACGAAGAGUAUCCCACUAUUGCCGCUGUCAGCCCUUCUUUUGUGGAUGACGACUGGAUCAACGUCUAUGUCUCAGGCACAAUGGCUACGGCCACAACAGACAAAAUAGAUAAAGCGACCUCCGCGCCUGUCAGUUCGACUCCAUUCCACUCGAGGUCAUCCACAAGGACGCCUUCGCCCGAUACAUCGAACAAAGGCUCGUCCACAGAUACCGCAGCUAUUGCCGGUGGUGUCGUCGGCGGAGUCGUGGGCGCAGCUGGCAUCGGUGCGGCGGCCUUUAUGUUCUGGCUGCUUCAAAAGAAGAGAAAACAGCAAAAUGAAGAUGCUGCACAUGAAGCCUCUCAACCGGCUUUGGGGGGAAAUACACCGCCACUACACGCUACGACUAUUAUCGUUCCUCCGCAGGAAGUUGACGGAAACUCGUACCAAAAGGUUGCCGAAAUGGACGGAUAUACUGCGGAUAAAAAUUUCGGUGUGGCUGAAGCUGUGGGAUCUACUCCGGAUCAAAAGCCUCAGGAGACAGAUUCCAAGAAUUUUGUUGCGGAGCUGCCUGCUUCUUUUGUUGAGACACGGCCUCUUUCCAGUGAUACAUCGAGGCCAGGUACGCCCGAGGGUCGACGGGGUUAA